CAACACGCCUGUCCUGGACUUAAUGCACCACGAUGACGCAGCAGAUCUCCUUCAUGGUGGAGAACCAGCGCCGUAUGGAAGCUGUGCAGAAGUGUUUUGGACCGAGCGGGACCCGGAUCCUGGACCCGGGCCGAGUUCUGGUCGGAGAGGGCCGUUUGAUGAAGCAGAGCCGGCGUGGAGCGCAGCCUAAAGCCUUUUUCCUGUUUAACGACAUGUUGGUCUAUGGCAGCAUCGUCAUCAACGGCCGCUGGUUUAAGAAGCAGAAGAUCAUCCCUCUAGAGGACAUUGAACUGGAGGACUUGGAGAAUGGUUUCCAGAUGAAGCACCAGUGGUUGGUCAAAACUCCCCGUAAAUCUUUCUACGUCUCUGCAGCGUCUCCAGACGAGAAGCAGGCUUGGAUGGAGCACAUCGAGGUGUGCAAAGCCCGUCUCCUUCAAAGCAGCGACCGAAGACCCAGCUCCAGAUUCGCCGUUACCUGGAUUCCGGACCCUGCCUCCGCCAUCUGCAUGCGCUGCUCCCGGAAGUUCACAGUGACUCACCGUCGGCACCACUGCAGGAAAUGUGGCCUCCUGGUUUGUGGAGUGUGUUCCCGAAAGCGUGCGGUGAUCGGGAACAUCCAUCCCACCAAGAGGCAGAGGGUGUGUGUGCAGUGCCACAGCAGCCUGAGCCUGGAAGAGGACAGGAGAGGCCGCGGAGACAGCACCGGACUACGCUCUGAUGAAGACGAGCACGUUAGCAUUGAAGAACCACACUAUGAAGAUUACAUCGAAGACGAUUAUCACCCGGUUAACUGGGCUGACAAUGGGAUGGAGUCUUUCUCUCCGUAUGUGUACCUCAAACCCGAGCACGUCUGGCCUCCUCUGUGAACACUGCAGAUGUUUGUACCAUAACAGUGAAGGUUUCUGCCCCUGUGGCCUUUUGUGCGUAAAUAACUUGAGAUAAUUUUAGUGAUAUAAAGUAAUAGGUUAUAGGAGGAAAGCUUUAAAGCAAUAAUGCAGGGAGAAAAUUUAAAGAACACGUCAGUUUAUAAGCAUCAACAAAUCACUUUACAUCAAGAAACCACUUACCCAUUCACACACCGGUGUACACAAUCACUGGGGGCGAGGGGAGUUAAGUGUCUUGCCCAGGGACACAACCACAACAUUCAUUUGUGGGAGCGGGAAUCGCACCGCUAACCUGUGGGCCAGUGGAUCUGACAGCUCUACAAAUGAUGCUGAGAGUGGGGUUUGAUCCGGCAACCUUUAAAUCAGUGUCACUACAACGACUGAGCUACUGCCGCCCGUUUGUUCAUUUAAAAAUGUCUCUUUUAGUGGAGUCACCUACUCGUCUCCAUGGAGAUUGAAAAGUUUUAACAUUCCAGACCAAACAACAUGUUCAUGGAGAAGAGGAGGUUUUGCACUGCACUUAAAAAUAUAGCACCCCUUUAAGUUUUCACCUGAGCGACUCUUAGAGAAUCGUACGUCUAAAGAAGCUGCUCAGUGCCAUGAGCCCGGGACAAAAGAAAUUCUAUUUUCAUUCUAUUUUUAUCGGCGUCGUGUGCAAUAUUAAUAUUAACCGUGUUAUUAAGUGACUUUAUCUGUAAAUAUUUAAAAACAAACUCCUUUGUACAUAGUUUAUUUAUUUUCUUACAUGUAAUGUGAACUUAAAGCACCUUUAAUGUGAAC